UUUCUUUAGUUCGCGAAAAGUUAAAAGGAGCGCUCAUUAUAUGAGCUAAUUUCUCAAACCGGCAUUUGUAAUUAUGUUUUCAUGAAACUCAUAUCAUAAUUAUCUUUUGUUUCUGCUUUCAGUGCGAUCCAUCAUCUUUAUAACUCACCACAACUAUUAAUAAAAAUCGGCAAUAUUUUCAUAAAAAAUAUUGUCAUUUACAGAAAUGUCGUAUUUUGAGAACAAUAUUUGGAACAAAAAUCAAUAUGAAAAUAUUGAAAAAAACAAACCUACGAAAGAUUUUACAAAAUCAUUUUUUGGAUUUUUUAUCGUUGGAACAUUUCUACUACUCCUUUUAAUAUGUUUAUGGAACAUAGAUCGUCACAAUUCGAGUAAAACUUAUAUUAUUGUCAUCGAUAAAACUUCUGAACUGUUGUACCACACAUCUGAUAAAUUUCUUUCUUUUGGUUUGGACUCUUCUUUACUCCGGGAUUGGAAAACUUUUCCCGUCAAAAAUGAUAUGUUUGCCAAUCUUGCUCGACAUCUAAGUCCAGCGUUUGUUAGAAUUGGAGGUACAUCUGCAGAUUGUCUUUUUUUCAACAAGACUUUUCCAAUAUCAAAUAAAAAAAUUAUCAACCCUAUUGAUGGACAAGAUAUUAGUAAUUUUACGUUGUCUGAAGACGAUUAUUUAGCAAUCUAUAAAUUUACCACAAAAGCUAAUUUGCGAAUGAUGUUUGAUUUGAAUGUAUUGAUCAGAACUAAUGAAUACUGGAACGAUUCAAAUGCAAGAGAAAUUAUUAACUAUUCUAAAGGACAGGAUAUGAUGAUAGAUUGGCAAAUGGGAAAUGAACCAAAUUCAUUUAAACACGUCUUCAGCAGAGAAGUCUCCGGUAAACAACUAGGCAAAGAUUAUCAUCAUCUUCGACUUCUAUUGAAUGAGUUGGGAUAUGAUUCAAGUAUCCUAGUAGGUCCAGAAGUAAAUCACAUUGGUGAUGAAAACCAAGGAGGAGAACUCUACGCUACCGAAUUUUUAAAAUAUAAUGAAGAUAGUGUUGAUUUUGUAACCUGGCAUCAGUAUUAUCUAAAUGGUCGUGAAGCUACAGUACGAGAUUUUAUUAAUCCUAAUGUUUUCAAUAAAUUAUCAGUUGAAAUAAACCAAGUUCAACGAGCAAUAGAUACAGCUGGAAAAAAACUUCAGAUGUGGAUUUCUGAAACAAGUACAGCAUUCGGAGGAGGAGCUCCAGAAUUAUCAGAUAGAUUUGUCGCAGGAUUUUUAUGGCUUGAUAAGUUAGGUUGUAGUGCUAGUUCUGGAGUAAAUGUAGUCAUCAGGCAAUCAUUUUUUGGUGGUAAUUAUGCAAUGAUUGGUCCUGAUCUUCAACCUAAUCCUGACUGGUGGGUGAGUGUCUUCUUCAAACAAUUUGUUUCGACAAAGGUCAUCAAGAUAGCAGUUUCUGACAACUCUGGACAUAUUCGAUUCUAUGCUCAUUGCACUCCUGAAAGUGCUUUACUUGCUCGAGUUCCAGCAAUGACUGUUUAUGGAAUGAAUCUCAACAAUGAAAGCGUUAGAAUGUCGAUUCAAGGUCUUUCACCUUAUCGCAACUCCAAAAUAUUUUUAUACAUCCUUACAUCAGAUGAUUUACAAUCAAGAAAUAUCAUGCUGAAUGGAGAAAUUUUAAAAUUACGAGCAGACGGAAGUUUACCCCCUUUCAAAGCAAUUAUUGUCGAUUCAACUCAAUUAAUUACUCUACCUCCUUACUCCAUGGCAUUUAUCAUGUUACAUGGAGUAGAAGUUGAAGCUUGUGGCUCAUAAAAUCUCCGUCAUACAAUUUUUUAGUACGCUUUAU